AUGCCUACAAAAGUUUCAGAAAUAACUAGAAAGAAUUGCAUUAAACAUAUUUCAAAUUCUCAAGUUAAAUUAGAAAUGCCACGAAAAAGAAAUAUUUCAAGAACAGAUGGUCUUGUUAAGUGUAAUAAUGAAAAAAAUAAUUCCAAAAGAAAUGACAAAGAGAUAAUAAAAAGGGAAAAUGUAGUUGAUUUUGAGUAUCACAUAAAACAGAUUGAAACUAUGAGAAAUAAAAUGGUUGCCCCAGUUGACACAGUUGGGUGUCAUGCCUUAGCAGAUAAGAAAGCAGAUCCAAAAACAUAUAGAUUUCAAGUUCUCCUUUCCUUGCUUUUAUCUUCACAAACAAAAGAUGAAAUAACUGCAGGGGCAAUGAAUCGGUUAAAAAAUUAUGGAUGCACUGUGGAUAACAUGAUUAUUAGCGACAAAGAUACACUUGAAAAUUUAUUAAAACCUGUUUCUUUUUAUAAAAGAAAAGCUGUAAAUAUUAUUGAAAUUGCAAAAAUUAUUAAAAAUGAGUAUGAUGAGGAUAUUCCAAACACAUUUGAAAAUUUAUGCAAAUUACCAGGAAUUGGUCCAAAAAUGGCUAAUCUUGUAAUGCUUGUUGCUUGGAAAAAGUGUGUCGGAAUUGCUGUGGAUACACAUAUACAUCGAAUUGCAAAUCGCCUUCAUUGGGUUAAUACAAAAGAUCCAAUAAAGACGGAGAAAGACAUUGAAGAUUUUUUACCUCAUCAUCACUGGAGUACUAUUAAUAAGUUAUUCGUUGGAUUUGGGCAGACGAUUUGUAAAGCAGUGAACCCAUUAUGUCAAUCAUGUUUAUUAAAUGAUGUCUGCCCUUCAGUAAAUAUUAAAAAAGAAAAAAAAUAA